GACAUUUUCCACACACACCUUCCCAUAUUGUUUUUAAUAAAUGUUUUAUUGUGAUAUUUUACUCUAUUAAACCCAGCCCAUGUGCACUAGCUGACGAUGCUCUCUGAACUUAAGCUGCCUUUUUAGAAGCAAUAAAGAUCUACACUGCCUUCCCGAAUCACUGGGCGCUUUAUGAAUAAUGGAUGGACUUCCUACAUAUGUUUAUAUUCCCUCAAGUACUCUGAUGCUUCAUUAACAUGUGUACUCAUUGACCUACUUGUAAUUAAACCUCCUGUCGUCUCGGUUGAUCGCUUAUUUGAAUUUUCUUUUCGUGUCUGGUUUUAUUUGGUCAAUCAAUUAAUGGCUUGUCCAAUGUAUACAAGCAUACGUACAUGCUGCUGAAGCGGGACAUAUGACACACUGAAUUAUAGAUCUGAGUACAAUAAUAAGUUGUAUAUAUCAGCAUUGUAAGUAUACAUACACACACAUCAUUUGUAUUCACACGCCGUAUAACAUAUCACCUACAAUUAACAUUGUCUUUACUCAAUUUGUGGUAUACACUGUGCUUAAAAGCCCUCGGGUUAUUUCGGCAAACUUCGCUUCAGUUGCGCUUUAAAGUCCAUGUAAAGCUUUAGUGAUAUUCUAUAUUCAAAUGUACACAGUUCUAUGUGUACACGGGAUUAUUAUAGAGAAGAAUUUUUCGUGCCUGCUCAGGCGUAUCGCUGAACGAGGAACCCCCAACUCACUGGUACCUCUCGGAGAACACCGGACCGGUGCUGGAUCCAUGGACGGGAGGUGUAUGGAGCUUUGAUAUAGACGGAGACGAUCCCUAGGGACUAGCUAAGGAGGAAUCCUGACAGGACGAUAAGUGUCCCCUCCUGGUCCUCCUGCUGUUACGAGUUGCAGGUGCUCCUUAUAACAUGGCCGUGGAACUGACGUCACUAAUAGUUGUCGGGGUGUUGGCAGGAAUCCUCUGUAUCAUACUCCUCUUUGUCAUUCCCGUCGUCUGUUAUAUCAGACGAAAAUCCCCACAAUCUCAACAAUCACAGCCAAAUAGGAAACAGAGAAAUGAGCCUAAGCCUGUGGCCAAUGGCGAUGCCAAGCAUAAGAGGCCGCGGAAAACAACAAAAUGGCAUCCCUAUGUCAAAGAUGAAUGGAGCUACUCGUAAUCCCAGACAGCAUUACGAUAUCCGUAGGGAUCCUCCAGGCAGUGUUAGAAUGACGCCUUAUCAGCAUCCACAUAUGGGACCCGUGCCAAUGGUGGGGACUUUUCGUGGACCUCCCCCUCAACCCAUUAUUAUAGGAACAUCAUCGUACUCUAGAGGGACAUAUCCCAGAGGGAUGUAUCCGAGAGGUAACCCAUCAAGGGGAAUGCAUGCCAGAGGAACACACUCCAGAGCCAAUCCGUAUAUGGCUCACAUGGCUCAGUAUCCACCAAUGGCUUAUCCUUACUUCUUCGGACAGCAGUAUCCAGUCCAGGUGGUUUAUGUGUCCGACUCUGAAGAUAGCGACUCCACCACAUCAGGCAGAUCCACAGUCCGUGAGCGGAAAUCUAGGUAUCACCGACAGUUCGUCACUUCUAGAGUCCCCUCCACGAUCAUCAUCAACAAUAGUUCAUCGGAGACCGUAAUCUCAGGAGAGAUGGACGAAGAUCGGGCAGAGGUCAGACAGUCACGUGAUGUCCACAAAAAGCGAUCGUCAUCCCCUGUAAAGGCACCAGUAAGGGAGGAGCCUGUGAUUAUGAGGACUAGGUCCCGCUCCCCUUCCCGGUCCCGUUCCCGUAGUCCACCCAUGGCAAUCUAUCAGGACCUGAGGAUAUCCUCACGACCUCCAGCUGAACCAGCGCGCAAGGAAGAAAAAGAUUCCAGUUCUGAGUUCGGAACAUUUCAGCCAGCAGCUGGGCCAAAAUCAGGGGACGUAUCUUUCGUUCCAAAGGGGUACAAACCACCCGAAAGAAACCCUACCCCAGAGCCUGAAGACUAUACAUACGCAACCGUUAUUAAACCACAACCGGUGAAAGCCACACCUCCACCAACAGACGACUGGGGCGAGCCGGACCAGGACAUAGGUUCUCCGUCACAGAACAUAGGCUUAUCCAUGUCGGAAAGACUACAGGGUAUUGUUGAAGACGGAUGGGGAACAAGUCCACUAACAGAGGUGCCGCCACAAGAUCUGUCCCGGUCUAGGAACGUCGAUCUUCGAAAAUCAAAAACAAAUGAUGAAACAGACGUUUAUCAGCAAUCACGACAGCCAGAUGAGAAUCCGUACACGCACAAUAUAAAUCGAGAUGAGAAUCCUUACGCACGAAGCGUAAAAGGUAACGACACGUACCCACCACCUUCACCACCUCUGGACAUCCCAAGUACAGCUGGUUCCCCGCGACAAUCCUUCCAUAGAGACUACCCAAGCAGUGAGCCGGACUCACCUGACAGACCCAUCACGCCACCCUUCGACGGAAUCACACCGAGGCCUUCGGUAAAGUCCAGAUCGGAAUCUCCUCCACGUCCGAGUACUUCGGUCAAUCCUUUGUCACAAUCACAGAGUCAGAAGGCACACAGAUCCAUGUUCUCUAACGACGUCCUAAAGGAAUUAAAACAGCGACAGAAGUCGACAGAUAAUUUAGCAGAGGAUGACGAUUCACAAUCAAGAUCAGUUAACUUUUCUCCGUCACCCCCUACAAUCAUUUCACAGGACAAUUCAGUUCCUCCACCUCCUCCCCUGUUUAACGGUAUUCCUGCCCCACCCCCUCCACCACCGUUACCCCAAUAACACUGUAUUACGCUCGGAGGAUAUAUGUCUGGCUACGACCUGUGGCCUGGAAGGAACUAUAUAGAUACUAAUAGCCCUCCGCUUACCUAUGAAGUUCCGUCUGCUGUGUUAAUCAUAUAUCAGAAGGUAUGGAUAAAUAUAAAACACAUUACAUCCCUAACAAAUCAGGAAAUGCUGGUCUUUAAGCCUUCGUUUUCAUCAUCAUGUAAGAUAAUGGUUCAUCAACGGAUUUCCUGGAUUCACUUGUUUCUGAUUCCCAGAUUGAGCUGAGGAGCGGUUCUUGAGAUAUAUAUUUUUGUGUUCCGUGUGUUACCGGGUGACAGUGACUCUGAGGAGCUACCCUGAUGAAUGUGGGAUGUUUUAUAUAGCAGUGGAGGAAUUGAGUGGAUGUUAUUUACUACACACAAUAUAUAAGUAUAACAUGUGUAUUCUAACUAAUCUUCUCUCCACUCUUACCAUAGACACACUUUAUAUAACAAUGUUUAAUAUGUGGUGCUCAUAAAUCAGAUUCCAUAAACAUCAUUUGUAAUAAAGAUGAUUUUAAUGUUCAAUCAAAACAUAUUGGCAAAAUCACUCCGCGACUGUAUAAAUGUUUAACAGAUUGCUGUAGACAUCUCUCUAUGACUAUAGAUGUUUACCAGAUUGCUGUAGACAUUUCUCUAUGACUAUAAAUGUUUACCAGAUUGCUCUAGACAUCUCUCUAUGACUAUAAAUGUUUACCAGAUUGCUGUAGACAUCUCUCUAUGACUAUAGAUGUUUACCAGAUUGCUGUAGACAUCUCUAUGACUAUAGAUGUUUACCAGAUUGCUGUAGACAUCUCUCUAUGACUAUAAAUGUUUACCAGAUUGCUGUAGACAUCUCUAUGACUAUAAAUGUUUACCAGAUUGCUGUAGACAUCUCUAUGACUAUAAAUGUUUACCAGAUUGCUGUAGACAUCUCUAUGACUAUAAAUGUUUACCAGAUUGCUGUAGACAUCUCUAUGACUAUAAAUGUUUACCAGAUUGCUGUAGACAUCUCUAUGACUAUAGAUGUUUACCAGAUUGCUGUAGACAUCUCUAUGACUAUAAAUGUUUACCAGAUUGCUGUAGACAUCUCUCUAUGACUAUAAAUGUUUACCAGAUUGCUGUAGACAUCUCUCUAUGACUAUAAAUGUUUACCAGAUUGCUGUAGACAUCUCUCUAUGACUAUAAAUGUUUACCAGAUUGCUCUAGACAUCUCUCUAUGACUAUAAAGGUUUACCAGAUUGCUGUAGACAUCUCUCUAUGACUAUAGAUGUUUACCAGAUUGCUGUAGACAUCUCUCUAUGACUAUAAAUGUUUACCAGAUUGCUGUAGACAUCUCUAUGACUAUAGAUGUUUACCAGAUUGCUGUAGACAUCUCUCUAUGACUAUAGAUGUUUACCAGAUUGCUGUAGACAUCUCUAUGACUAUAGAUGUUUACCAGAUUGCUGUAGACAUCUCUAUGACUAUAGAUGUUUAUCAGAUUGCUGUAGACAUCUCUAUGACUAUAGAUGUUUACCAGAUUGCUGUAGACAUCUCUAUGACUAUAGAUGUUUACCAGAUUGCUGUAGACAUCUCUAUGACUAUAAAUGUUUACCAGAUUGCUGUAGACAUCUCUAUGACUAUAGAUGUUUAACAGAUUGCUGUAGACAUCUCUAUGACUAUAGAUGUUUACCAGAUUGCUGUAGAUAUCUCUCUAUGACUGUAUAGAUGUUUACCAGAUUGCUGUAGACAUCUCUCUAUGACUAUAGAUGUUUACCAGAUUGCUGUAGACAUCUCUAUGACUAUAAAUGUUUACCAGAUUGCUGUAGACAUCUCUAUGACUAUAAAUGUUUACCAGAUUGCUGUAGACAUCUCUAUGACUAUAAAUGUUUACCAGAUUGCUGUAGAUAUCUCUCUAUGACUAUAGAUGUUUACCAGAUUGCUGUAGACAUCUCUCUAUGACUAUAGAUGUUUACCAGAUUGCUGUAGACAUCUCUAUGACUAUAAAGGUUUACCAGAUUGCUGUAGACAUCUCUAUGACUGUAUAAAUGUUUACCAGAUUGCUGUAGACAUCUCUCUAUGACUGUAUAAAUGUUUACCAUAUAAAUAUAUAUGUGUGAUCGGUUGUAAUUUACUUGUGUCUUGAUAAAGGGGCAGAUUGCCUCGAAAAAUCGACAAUUUCCUUGUCUGUACUGUCGUUAUUACUACUUGACUGACGAUAAAAAGCAUCAUGAUAAAUGAGAUGUUUGUGCUUUUGUAAAAUGGCCUAUACAUACAUAUCUCCAUUCUGAUGUCUGUGUGACGUAACUACCAGAUUAGGUUGUCUGUGGUACGUAACUACCAGAUUAGGUUGUUUGUGUGACGUAACUACCAGAUUAGGUUGUUUGUGUUACGUAACUACCAGAUUAGGUUGUUUGUGUUACGUAACUACCAGGUUAGGUUGUUGGUGGUACGUAACUACCAUAUUAGGUUGUUUGUAGUACAUAACUACCAGAUUAGGUUGUUUGUGUCACGUAACUACCAGAUUAGGUUGUCUGUGGUACGUAACUACCAGAUUAGGUUGUGUGUGUCACGUAACUACCAGAUUAGGUUGUUUGUAGUACGUAACUACCAGAUUAGGUUGUUUGUGUCACGUAACUACCAGAUUAGGUUGUUUGUGGUACGUAACUACCAGAUUAGGUUGUCUGUGUUACGUAACUACCAGAUUAGGUUGUUUGUGUCACGUAACUACCAGAUAAGGUUAUUUGUGGUACGCAACUACCAGAUUAGGUUGUUUGUGUCACGUAACUACCAGAUUAGGUUCUUUGUGGUACGUAACUACCAGAUUAGGUUGUUUGUGUUACGUAACUACCAGAUUAGGUUGUCUGUGGUACGUAACUACCAGAUUAGGUUGUUUGUGUGACGUAACUACCAGAUUAGGUUGUUUGUGUCACGUAACUACCAGAUUAGGUUGUUUAUGUCAGGUAACUACCAGAUUAGGUUGUUUGUGGUACGUAACUACCAGAUUAGGUUGUUUGUGUUACGUAACUACCAGAUUAGGUUGUUUGUGGUACGUAACUACCAGAUUAGGUUGUCUGUGGUACGUAACUACCAGGUUAGGUUGUUUGUGUCACGUAACUACCAGAUUAGGUUGUUUGUGGUACGUAACUUCCAGAUUAGGUUGUUUGUGUCACGUAACUACCAGAUUAGGUUGUGUGUGUCACGUAACUACCAGAUUAGGUUGUUUGUAGUACGUAACUGCCAGAUUAGGUUGUUUGUGUCACGUAACUACCAGAUUAGGUUGUUUGUGGUACGUAACUACCAGAUUAGGUUGUUUGUGGUACGUAACUACCAGAUUAGGUUGUCUGUGUUACGUAACUACCAGAUUAGGUUGUUUGUGUCACGUAACUACCAGAUAAGGUUAUUUGUGGUACGCAACUACCAGAUUAGGUUGUUUGUGUCACGUAACUACCAGAUUAGGUUGUUUGUGGUACGUAACUACCAGAUUAGGUUGUUUGUGUUACGUAACUACCAGAUUAGGUUGUUUGUGUCACGUAACUACCAGAUUAGGUUGUUUGUGUCACGUAACUACCAGAUUAUGUUGUUUGUGGUACGUAACUACCAGAUUAGGUUGUUUGUGUUACGUAACUACCAGAUUAGGUUGUUUGUGGUACGUAACUACCAGAUUAGGUUGUUUGUGUUACGUAACUACCAGAUUAGGUUGUUUGUGGUACGUAACUACCAGAUUAGGUUGUCUGUGGUACGUAACUACCAGGUUAGGUUGUUUGUGUCACGUAACUACCAGAUUAGGUUGUUUGUGGUACGUAACUUCCAGAUUAGGUUGUUUGUGUUACUAUAAACUACCAGAUAAGGUUGUUUGUGUCACGUAACUACCAGAUUAGGUUGUUUGUGGUACGUAACUACCAGAUUAGGUUGUUUGUGUUACUAUAAACUACCAGAUAAGGUUGUUUGUGUUACGUAACUACCAGAUUAGGUUGUUUGUGGUACGUAACUACCAGAUUAGGUUGUUUGUGGUACGUAACUACCAGAUUAGGCUGUUGUGGUACGUAACUACCAGCUUAGGCUGUUGUGGUACGUAACUACCAGAUUAGGUUGUUUGUGUCACGUAACUAACAGAUUAGGUUGUUUGUGUGACGUAACUUCCGGAUUAGGAUGUUGUGGUACGUAACUUCCGGAAUAAGGUUGUCUUUGGAACGUAACGUACCGGAUUAUGCUGUUGAUGGCACAUAUGUAUGAUGAAACUUGGACCCCUUCCAUUAUACGAAUGGUGAGAGUUCUGAAUAGUUGUUACGCGAAUGUUCAGUGAAUCUGACUUUUGUGAUGAAUAUAUAUAAUAUUUACAAAAUGUUGAUCAUAAUCAUAUGAAAUAAUAAACAUAUUUUUAGAAUAUAAAUAUU